AUGGCUGCGAAUCACAUCAGCAAGGUCGCCGUCGUCGGUGCCGGCGGCAACGUAGGACGCUACAUUACCGAAGCCUUGCUCAAGACCGGCAAGCACAGCGUCACGGCCAUCACCCGAGCGGACAGCCAGAGCAACCUUCCGGACGGUGUCGAGCAGAAGACAAUCGAUUAUAGCAAGCAUGAGUCGAUCGUCGAAGCUCUGCGUGGCCUGGAAGCACUGGUUAUCACCCUUGGUGCUCGUUCGGGCAUCAAGGAGACCGAAGAGAAACUCGUCAGGGCUGCUGCCGACGCCGAGGUUCCAUGGAUUCUGCCGAACGAGUGGUCGCCAGACUCCACCAAUGAAGGCUACCUGGAGGACCUUGCGAUCAUCUUCGGUCCCAAAGUUGCCACACGUAAUCUCAUCGAGCAGCUUGGUAAGAGCUCCUAUAUCGCUCUCUGCACCGGGUUCUGGUACGAGUACAGUCUAGCCGGGGCCAACAAUUACGGUUUCUACUUCGCCGAUCGCAAGAUCCGGUACUUCGACGAAGGAGAGACCAAAAUCUGCACCUCCACCUGGCCUCAAGUUGGCCGCGCAGUUGCCAGCAUCCUCAGUCUCCCGGUCAAAGCCGAAGACGUGUUCAAGACCUCCGCCUCCUUAGGUGCGUACCGUAACAAGGUCAUCUACGUCAACUCCUUCACCAUCAGCCAGAAGGACAUGUUAACCUCUACUCUUCGCGUCACUGAUACGAAGGAGGAAGACUGGAUUAUCACGAAGGAGCCUGCGCCGGAAGUUUACAAGACCGGAAUGGAGCAGAUGAAGGCUGGCGGCUGGCCCAAGGCGAAUUUUCUCUACUCUCGUGUGUUCUAUGCUGAUGGGAGUGGCGACUUCGAGCAUCAGGGUCUGCAAAAUGACGUGCUAGGCUUGCCGAGGGAGGAGCUAGAUGAUGCGACGAAGGCUGCUAUAGAGCGCCAGAAGGCUGUUGGGGCUGCCGGUCAUUAG